AUGCCUUCCCGUCGCCCUCAUUCCAUCUUCCCGUCGCCCUCAUUCCAUCUUCCCGUCGCCCUCAUUCCAUCUUCCCGUCGCCCUCAUUCCAUCUUCCCGUCGCCCUCAUUCCAUCUUCCCGUCGCCCUCAUUCCAUCUUCCCGUCGCCCUCAUUCCAUCUUCCCGUCGCCCUCAUUCCAUCUUCCCGUCGCCCUCAUUCCAUCUUCCCGUCGCCCACAUUCCAUCUUCCCGUCGCCCUCAUUCCAUCUUCCCGUCGCCCACAUUCCAUCUUCCCGUCGCCCUCAUUCCAUCUUCCCGUCGCCCACAUUCCAUCUUCCCGUCGCCCUCAUUCCAUCUUCCCGUCGCCCUCAUUCCAUCUUCCCGUCGCCCUCAUUCCAUCUUCCCGUCGCCCUCAUUCCAUCUUCCCGUCGCCCUCAUUUCAUCUUCCCGUCGCCCACAUUCCAUCUUCCCGUCGCCCUCAUUCCAUCUUCCCGUCGCCCUCAUUCCAUCUUCCCGUCGCCCUCAUUCCAUCUUCCCGUCGCCCUCAUUCCAUCUUCCCGUCGCCCUCAUUCCAUCUUCACGUCGCCCUCAUUCCAUCUUCCCGUCGCCCUCAUUCCAUCUUCCCGUCGCCCUCAUUCCAUCUUCCCGUCGCCCUCAUUCCAUCUUCCCGUCGCCCUCAUUCCAUCUUCCCGUCGCCCUCAUUCCAUCUUCCCGUCGCCCUCAUUCCAUCUUCCCGUCGCCCUCAUUUCCCGUCCCGUCGCCCUCGUUUCCCUUCCCGCCGCCCUCAUUUCCCUUCCCGACGCCCCCAUUUCCCUUCCCGUCGCCCUCAAUUCCCUUCCCGUCGCACUCAUUUCCCGACCCGGCGCACUUAUUUCCCUUCCCGUCGCCCUCAUUUCCCGUCCCGUCGCCCUCAUUUCCCUUCCCGUCGCACUCAUUUCCCUUCCCGUCGCCCUCAUUUCCCUUCCCGUCACCCCCCAUUACCCUUCCCGUCGCAAACAUUACCCUUCCUGUCGCCCUCAUUUCCCUUCCCGUCGCACUCAUUUCCCUCGAGUCCUCCCUCCCCCUCAUCCGCCCUUCCUCCACCUCUCCAUCCUCUCAUCCUCCCUUCAUCUCAUCCUCCCUUCCUCUUAUCCUCCCUUCCUCUCAUCCUCCUUUCCUCUCAUCCACCCUUCCUCUCAUCCUCCCUUCUCUCAUCCUGUCUCCCUCUCAUCCUCUCUCCCUCUCAUCCGCCCUGCGUCUCGACCUUCCUUCCUCUCGUCCUCCCUCCCCGUCUUCCGCCCUCCCCCUCAUCCGCCCUCCCUCUCAUCCUCCCUUCAUCUCAUCCUCCCUUCCUCUUAUCCGCCCUUCCUCUCAUCCUCCUUUCCUCUCAUCCUCCCGCCCUCUCAUCCGCCCUUCUCUCAUCCUCUCGCCCUCUCAUCCGCCCUCCCUCUCAUCCUCCCUUCAUCUCAUCCUCCCUUCAUCUCAUCCACCCAUACUCUCAUCCUCCCUUCCUCUCAUCCUCCCUUCCUCUCAUCCUCCUCUCCUCUCAUCCUACCCUUCCUCACAUCCUCUCUUCCUCUCAUCCUCCCUUCCUCUCAUCCGCCCUUCUCUCUCUCAUCCUCCCGCCCUCUCAUCCGCCCUUCUCUCAAGGGCUCGCCCUCUCAUCCUCUCUCCCUCUCAUCCUCUCUCCAUCUCAUCCUCCCUUCAUGA